AUGAGCGCCUCUUCCAGAGUUGCUGCCCGCCGGGCGGUGGCGAUAAACCCGUUCGCUGGACGACCUGCUCUACGACCUGGUGUCGGACUCUCAUCAGCACACUUUGGCCGCUAUGCCAGGAAUCUCCCCGCCAACACCCCGGCCGUCGCCUUCUUCAUCCCCGGCAGAUACGUGUCUACCGAGCACAACUCGGCGGGGCAGUCGACCGGCCCGCCCCCCGGCUUCGACAUCAACAAGGCCAAGCAGCCCCUCAAGCCCGAGGACUCAAAGUCGGCCUCGAAAAAGGCGUCAGAGGCCGACGGCAAGUCCGGCCAGCUUGCCGAUGCUCACGCCGCGAAUGCGCCUGCCGGCGAGUCCACGGCCGAACCCAAGACCCUGACCGAGCUUGCGGCCAAGAAGGACGCCGAGGCGCAGAAGACGGAGGAGAAGCAAGGCAAGAAGUUGACCUUGGGCCAAAAGAUUAGGCACGAGAUACAGCACUACUGGGACGGCACCAAGCUGCUGGCCACCGAGGUCAAGAUCAGCACGAGACUAGCACUGAAGAUGGCCGCCGGCUACGAGUUGACCCGGAGAGAGAACCGCCAGCUCCAGCGGACAGUCCAGGACCUGGGUCGCCUGGUACCCUUCUCAGUCUUCAUCAUCGUCCCCUUCGCGGAGGCUCUGCUGCCCAUUGCCCUGAAGCUCUUCCCCAACCUGCUGCCCAGCACAUACGAGGCUCAGCAGUCCAAGGACAAGAAGGCCGCCACCCUCCGGGCCACCCGGAAAGAGGUCAGCUCCUUCUUGAGAUCGACCCUCUUCGAGACCGGCUUGCCCUUGACCCCGGCAACCGCGCAGAAGGAAGAGUUCGCUACCUUCUUCCGGAAGCUGAGGGCCACAGGAGAGCAGCCCACCACGGAGGACGUCAUCAAGGUGUGCAAGAUCUUCAGGGACGACUUGACCCUCGACAACCUGUCCAGGCCACAGCUUGUUUCCAUGUGCCGCUACAUGAACCUCAACACCUUUGGUACCGACAUGAUGCUGCGUUACCAGGUCCGCCACAGAAUGCGCCAGAUCAAGCGCGAUGACAAGGCCAUCAGCUACGAGGGCGUCGACAGCUUGAACGUCGCCGAGCUGCAGGUGGCCUGCGGCAGCCGUGGCAUCAAGACACACGGUGUCUCUCCCGCCAGAUUACGCGAGGAGCUCCAGUCGUGGCUGGAACUGCGUUUGAAGCACGGUGUCCCCUCGACGCUGCUCGUGCUGAGCAACGCCUACAUGUACGGCCAGAAGACGGAAGAAGGCAGCUUCCACAGCCAGAUCGAGGCCCUGACCGGCGUCCUGUCGUCCAUCCCCGAGGAGCUGUACCACGAGAUCGAGCUCGAGGUGCACAACGCCGAGGGCGCCGCCACUAACAAGCAGCGUCUCGAGGUCCUCAAGGAGCAGCAGGAGCUCAUCGACGAGGAGAACAAGCAGGACCAGGAGAACCAAGACACAGGCAUGGCCACGCCGCGUGAUGUCGAGGACAUCGACGAGAAGGAGGAGCGUCAGGCACAGGCCGAGCAGGCCGGCGUUGAGAAGGCCCAGGUCAACGAGGCCAUGGCUGCCGAGGCCGAUGGCGCCGAGCUGCAGCAGAAGGAGCAGAGAGAGCCCAAGAAGGGUGACUCGAACUAA